CCGUCGGUUGCGCUUGACGGCAGGGGCGUCGCGAAAGGCCCGUGAAGGACGGCGGCGGGCCCGUGAGGGGGGGCGGCGGUGUCGGCGGCGCGACAGCGGCCGUGUCGCGACAGGAGCGCAGCCAUGCCGUUCUGGGGCCUGCAGAAGCAGCUGGGCGUCGAUGUGGACAGCUUUCUGCUGCGGCAGAGCAUGCCGCAGCCGCACGGCCAGGCCGCGGCCUGCCACGCCUUCGAGCGCGAGUGGGUGGAGUGCGGGCACGGGCUGGGCCAGACCCGCGCCCGGCGCGAGUGUCAGCUCGAGUACGAGGAUUUCAUGGAGUGCAUGAAGCGCACCAAGCUGACUCAGCGGCUCCGGACCAUCCUGGAGCAGCGGGACAGGAUGAUCAAGCAGGGGAAGUACAAACCCCCCGAGCAUCACAUGGGCAAGGAGGAUCCCAGGCCCUGAUUGCCUCUGGAACUCCUCUUGGAAGAAAAAUUCCUCAUGGAAGAAAAUUUCCUCUUGGAAGAAAACCCCCAGAGCACGGGGCAGGGGCCCUGCUGUGGCUGGAGGGGAGCAGCCUCAGGUGGGGCAUUGCUGGGGCAGUAAAUAUCCCUUUGGAAUGUC